AUGGAGGCGAGAAUUCUACAUGAGAGGAGAACGCAAGGUGGUGGUCACUCAGCAGGACAUGUUGAAGACCGGGAAGCAGCAGAGCUUUCUGAGAGGGUCUCCACUUGUUCUCUCUCGGUUCUGGCUCGUCUCUAUGUGUAUGCAUUGCAUGGCUGCUUCUGUGAAGUGACUUUCACUGCUGUGUUGGACUGGUACAGCAUCCAGGACCAGAGGAUGAUGGGAUACAGCAGUCUUUGGGCGCUGCCGAUGUAUGCCACUGCAAUUUACCUCAUGGAGAGAAUGAGAGGUUGGCUGCUGACUUAUCAUCAACCGCUUUCUGUGCGUCUGAUAACCUACACACUGUUCAUCUACUUAUGGGAGUUCAGCUGGGGGAGCGGGCUCAGGCUGUUGGGGGCUUGUCCCUGGGACUACUCGCAUUACAAAUACAAUCUGAGAGGACUGGUGACUCUGGAGUAUGCGCUACCUUGGGCUGUUGCAGCCUUCAUCGCUGAGCAACAUGUGAUCAAAAACACUCUCAGGAUAAGAAUGUGCAAUUGA